AUGGGUUUAUUUGGAAUUUUUUCGUAUUUUGCCAAAAUCGACAAGGAUGGAUCUGGAUAUCUAGAGCUGAAUGAGAUUGAAGACCUCGCUCGUGAAAUUUUCGGCGCCGAAAAAAAACAAGAAGUCAACGAAUACGUCGGUCGAGUUUUUAAAGAAUACGACGCUGAUAAUUCUGGAGAGCUGAGCUAUGAAGAGGCUCGAAAUUUCAUCAAGGGUAUCUACACAUAUUUCGAAAAGGCCGGAAACCUAACGGAGGAAGAAAGAGCAAAGUUGUUUGGAAUCAUUGAACAGACAGAAGAACAAGUGGAAGUACCACAGCACGAGUUAUCAAAUGCGCCUGUAGCUGUAUCGGAGUCAACAGUGCAAGAAGUGGUCGCGCCGGUAGAAAUUCCCAUUCCUCCAAAGGUUGAAUUGCCACCACCACCGCCACCUGCAGAACCUGAGCCAGUCAAACCCGCUCCUGUCGAAAACAAGCCAGUUGAAAUCAAAGUGGAAAUUCCACCAGUUGUCGUUCCUGAACCAAGUGAAGAGGUUAAAAAGUUACUUGAAGAAGGACCAAAAUUGGGGGCGAAUGGAGAGCUUCUUGGUCCUGAUGGAAAGCCGAUUCUUGGGCCAAAUGGCGAGCUUUUAGGCGCGGAUGGAAAACCGCUUCUUGGACCAAAUGGAGAAAUCCUCGGCCCUGAUGGAAAACCUCUUCUCGGCAAAUUUGGCGAAUUACUGGGUCCAGAUGGAAAAUCUCUUCUUGGAAAAUUUGGUCAUCUUCUUGCGCCACCAGAUGGACGAGCGCUUUUGGGCAAAUUUGGAGAAAUUCUUGGCGCAGAUGGUAAUGCGAUUUUGGGACCAAGUGGUGAAAUUUUGGGAGAAAAUGGAUGUGCGCUGCUUGGACCGAUUGGAGAACUCCUUGGUCCCGAUGGAAAGCCGCUUUUGGGGAAAUUUGGACAGUUGCUUGGUCCGGGAGGAGUGAGUCUUUUGGGACCGAAUGGAGAGAUUCUUGCGCCAGGAGGAGUCGCCCUUUUGGGUCAAUUCCAGCAUAUUCUUGGCCAGGACGGAAAUGCUAUUCUUGGCAAAUUUGGUCAAAUUCUUGAUGCCGCUGGUGCCUCCCGUAUUGGUGAAUUUUCGCAACUCCUUGGCCCCGAUGGUAAGUCUCUUCGUGGAAGAUUUGGGGAGCUUCUUGGUGCUGACGGACGACCGCUUCUUGGACCCAACGGAGAACUUAUUGGUGCUGACGGACGACCGCUUCUUGGACCAAAUGGCGAACUUAUUGGUCUUGAUGGUCAACCUCUUCGUGGACCAAAUGGAGAGCUCCUCGGUCCUGGUGGAAAACCUCUUGUUAUGAGAACCGCAGCAGUUGCACCAAAAGUCGAAGCGAAAGUCAGUUCCGCGGCGCCACAAGCCGCUAGUCAAAGUCCCGCUUCUACCACGAAUACAGCCCCGAAAGAAACACCAGCAGCUCCAGCAGCAACUACUGCCCCAGCUGUUUCUUCAACGACUUCCGAUCAGAGCUAUUCUCUUCCACAAAAACAGGAAAUUUUCGAAAAUUCUUCAGAUCAUUAUUGA